CAAAGCGGUGCUCGACUGUUAAGUACUGGUACUGAGUAGGCGGUGUAUUUAAAUAAGAUCGAAGCUGUAGUUUGUAAAUGGAUCUGCAAAAUUAGGAUCUUUGCUCUUUCAUUUCAAUUGGGAAGAAGGGGAAUCAAUUUGGUGGCUAGAUGCGGUUGUUACAGCUCGCUUUUGCCGUUGCUUUAGCAUCUGGACUCGCAGCUCUCAUCAUUUACAUCACCGGCGUUACUUAUUUAAAUGACUUAUCGGACGAAGAUUUAGAAGCAUUAAGUACAUUGCAGUCUGGAUUUCAAAAAUGCGUGGCGUCAAAUGGAUUAGGAUUAAAAGCUAUAAAUGGGAAAGAUUAUUGUGAAGUUACAAUACAGUUUCCUGCUGACACCAUUCCAAAAUGGAAAGAUCCAAAAACAGGAGAAGUUGAAGGAUUAUCAUACAGUUUUAAUUUAUGUGAAGCGGUGGCUACAUGGGAGCAGGUUAGGAAUAGUACCACAAUACUUACCAGAGAGUUCAUUGAUGCUUUGCCACAUGGAUGGGAGGAAUAUGCCUGGCAAAGGAUCAACAAGGGAGUGUUACUCAACCGAUGUAAAAAUAAGACUCUCUGCGUAGAAAAGCUUUCUUUGGUACUUCCUGAAACACCACCAUAUGUUCCACGUCAGUUUUCCCGCUGCGCUGUUAUUGGUAAUUCUGGAGAUCUUUUAAAGACAAAAUUUGGCAAUGAGAUAGAUGAGUAUGAUGUUGUUGUCAGGGAAAAUGGUGCACCAAUCCAGAACUACACAGACUUUGUGGGAAAGAAGAGUACAUUUCGCCUCCUUAACAGAGGCUCUGCUAAAGCUCUAGAUAAAGUUUCAGAACUAUAUGAAACAGGGAAGGAGGUUUUGCUCGUGAAGACGACGAUACAUGAUAUUAUGAACAAAAUGAUCCGGGAAAUUCCGAUACUCAAUCCGGUAUAUCUCAUGUUAGGUGCAUCUUUUGGUUCUGCAGCAAAAGGAACUGGACUGAAGGCCCUCGAAUUUGCUCUCUCUAUCUGUGACACUGUUGACAUGUAUGGUUUCACUGUGGAUCCAGGUUACAAAGAAUGGACUAGAUAUUUCUCAGAGUCGCGGAAAGGUCAUACCCCUCUGCAUGGUAGAGCUUAUUAUCAGAUGAUGGAGUGCUUGGGACUUAUUAAGAUCCAUUCUCCGAUGCGAGCUGAUCCCAAGCGUAUUGUCAAAUGGUUGCCUAGCCGCAGUACAGUUGUUGCUGCCAGAAAAGCAUCGGAGAAAUUGUUGAGGAGGGUUGGAGCAGGAUCUGACAAUCCACUGGCUGCUUGUUCCAUCACCAAGAAACAAAUAAAAAGAAAACCCGAAAGCAUGUCAGGCCUUAGAAAAGCAGCUGUGGAACAUCAGAAGUUUAUAAAAGGUGUAACCUUGUACCCUUUGGAACAUAAUCCUGGACAUGGCCAACUCUGCACGGUGCCCUAAAACCAAAGUAUACGUCAUGGUAAAAGCAGUUCAUAGAUCUCUAUCAUAUAUGUUCAAAUGCUUUGGACAUCGGAUUGGCGGGCAAGGUAUAUAACAUCAUAUAUCUCAUAGCGAAUUUCCACAUCCUGCGGGCCUGCGUCUCUGAAAAUAUUAAAAUUUGACCAGAAAUGAGGAACCUCUAAUCAGAUACAGAUUUUUUUGGUUUAUCUUCAGUUUACAACAGGCAGCUUAGUGAUUUGAUUUAUUUUUUUAUUUUAUAACUUUUCCUCCUGAACUCAAGCUGUCCACAGAUCUACACUCUACACUUUCCCAUUGUGGAUACACAUACAUACUAUAGAAUGUAAAGCUUUUGACAAACAUAUUCUGUUCUUUUUCAGCAUAGUUGUUUAUUAUUCAAAUUAAUUUACGCACCAAUA